GCAAUGAAUUUGCCCCGGAGUUAUUUGGCCUUUCAUCUCCUUUUGCUUCUGCUCGGGAUCGCUUGCGCCACUGCCCGGGUGUCCAUGGCGGAAUGGAACGCGUUCAAGGAGAAGUACGGCAAGCGGUACAACUACAAUGACAACAUACGCCACUAUGGCAUAUACAAACGGAGAGCAGUGGAGGUCCAGGAGCACAACAGACGAUUUGCAGCGGGCGAAGUGGGAUACGAGAUGGGACUCAACGAGUUCUCCGAUACCAAGCAGAACCUGCUCGCCUUCCGAACGAAUGGCGCCGAGCCCGAGGCAGAUGCUCCCACACAAAAUCUGACGAUUCCGUCCAACUACAAGUAUUACGAUCAGAUAACGGACGGAAAGGACUGGAGGGAGUCGGGAUGUAUUUCGCCGGUGGGCAACCAGGGCACCGAGUGCCUGGCGUGCUGGGCCUUCGCUGCUUCGGGGGCCAUCGAGGCUCAUCUGGCACUGAAGAAUCAUCGGCUGGUGGCGCUCUCUCCUAAGCACCUGCUCGACUGUACGAACGGGCCCAGCGCCAAAUGCGAGGGCGGGUGGGUGAGCGUGGCGUUCAACUACACCAGGGACAAUGGCAUUGCCACGAAGGAGUCCUAUCCGUUCGUGCCAUUGAGUGAAGAGUGUCGCUACGACAAGUCAACUAGUGCGGGCAGGGUGCGUGGCUAUGUGACCCUGAGUAAUGCCGAUGAAAGGGAACUCGCCGAAGUGGUCUACAACAUUGGCCCCGUCGCCGUCUCGAUCGACCAUCUGCAUCAAUCGUUCCAGAACUAUAAGAGAGGUGUACUGAAGGAUGAAAACUGUAGAUCGGACAGGGCAUCGCUCCGUCAUGCCGUGCUGGUGGUGGGUUUUGGCACCGACGCCGAGUGGGGCGACUACUGGCUGAUCAAGAACUCCUAUGGCACAUCGUGGGGGAUAGACGGAUAUCUCAAGUUGGCACGUAACGCGGGAAACAUGUGUGGCGUCGCCUCCAUUCCCCAGUAUCCGCUCAUAUAACUCUGUCAUAUUUUAAAAUAAAAAAUGAAGAAUCAAAUAUACAUACGUACAAAUGUG